AGUGGAGGUCGGAAUUGCACUAUAUAUAAAUUAGUUACAGGAUAUUAAAAAAUAAAUAUAAAUAAUGGAAUGUUAUUCAACAAUGCUCCGCAGACACGUACCAGUUCUACAUUACUAGUGGACGCGAAGACCAUGCUGAAGCGAAGCGGAAAUACGCAGAAAAAAACCAAAAGUCGUGUCUGCGCGGAGAGUCUUCAGAAUAUUACAGAGAUUCACCCACCUCGGAAGCAGAAUCUCAUUGCUGAGGUGCAGACCAAGUGUUUCAAGUUCUGCAUGGUUCGUUGGUUGUCAGUGGGCAAUGUUCUUCAGUGGUUUCAACUUCAUUGGAUGCCAGUUCAGGAAUACUUAACAAGCAGCUUCAGGGCUUUUCGACGUAGCUCUUGGGGCGGCGUGGGAAGCUUCAUAGCCUGAUCGAAGCCCUCUACAGCAUGUCGGAGAUGGAAGAACUAGAUUUGAUCAGAAACCUCAACAAGAGUCCUCAUCCUAGAAUGGACUUAGUCGGUCGGCAAUCGAGACACAAAAUGCUUUAGAGAAAGACUCUAGUGAAUUGCUUCUACUGGCCCUCUCACAUCAACUCCCACAAACGGAUAUCCACGAACUAGUUCAAACGCUGCAGAAGUUCAAUGUAACGCUUCGUAAUUCGUGGUCUGAAGAUAAGAUUUACCACAUCGACGCUGUUUUCUUAGAUCUAAAGCAUGCCUACCGAUUGAAACCAGUUUUCAAGCGUGUUGUGGAUUCAAUGACCGACCACAAUGUUUCAUUCGAAGAAGGAUGGAGGCCAGUUCGUCGCAGCUUUUCAAGCUUGAAGGUUAUCUGUGAAGGCUUCUGCGAGGGCUUUUCGAAGUACUGCAACUGUCAAAAUCUAUAUAGCACAAACAUUUCUUUUGUUUAAACAACAACAAGAAAAAAAAUAAUCCUUCUUCUUUGCACAUGUAUAGAUUAACUUUUGUGAAAAUAUCAUACAUACUCCUUGGAAUUUGCAAUAAUAUGAAGAAUACCCCUAUAUUCUUGAUAAUAGCAAA